CUAACACUGGCUAGUUCUAGCAAAGCAUCUCUUGAACAACAAAAUGUCAAAAAGGCCGUGAAGGCUGCAGAGACCAAGAGAUCUCCAUUUGUGAAGAUUAACAUGGAUGGUAUCCCUAUUGGUCGGAAAAUCGACCUGAACGCCUUCAAUAGCUACGAGAAGCUUUCUUUAGCUGUCGACAAGUUAUUCCGGCACCUUAUUGCGGCCCAAAGAGAUCCUGGGACAGAGGAGUGUCAUCAGGAAGAGGUGGCCAUAUCUGGUCUACUAGAUCUAGAUGGAACCGGGGAGUACACUCUGGUUUAUGAGGAUUAUGAAGGUGACAGAGUACUUGUUGGAGAUGUUCCAUGGGGAAUGUUCGUUUCAUCAGCGAAGAGGCUGCGGGUGCUGAAGACGUCUGACCUCUCUUCAUCACUAAUCACUUCAAGCUGGAAGAGAACAGCAGCUGAUUGGUUGAACUUGUUUUGGAGUUGCUUGGACAGACACUCAGCCGCCCAGCUCUGCCCAUCCCGCCAACUGCAUGUCGUCCUGCCCCAGCUUGGCUCAAGGGAAGAUGUUGCAGAUGCCUCGCUCCUAGUCACCGUGCUGCCGUUUGCUGUGAUCCCUUCAGGUGCUCUCGUUGCCUUGAGAACGGUCAUCGGGCUCGUGACUGCCGUAACGCUUGGCGCCCUCUCAGCAUGUUGGCAGGCCCUGUCGCAUCAUCGCCUUGCCAAGUGCAUGCUCCUCGCCGCGCCCAGUCUGGUUGAAAGGCAACAAUUCCUCCGUGAACUGCAUAUGAUCUGUGGCACCAAAUUUGGCUUCCAGAUCAUCCAUCAGAGAAGCCCAGGCGAGAACAUCGUUCUGUGGUACUGCUGCAACCACAACGUCCCGAAGUAG